AUGGAGCGUGCCGGCUCCCCACUCCCAUCAUCGUCAUCCCCACCCCCAUCCAUCUCCAGCGGCAGCGACAACCUGACAGAGGUGCCCACGGCCCGCGACCGUCGUCCCUCCCAAUUCGCAGACACACGAUCGGGUACCCUCAGUCGCCGGCAGACAAACCUCAACAAUGUUGAGCUCGAGCGCAUUGAGACGUCUCGACUACAGCAUAAGACAACAGUAGGAUCUGGGCCCGGGGUUGCUCCACGAGAUAAAUGGUUACCUAUGGGUGCAGAAAAGCCUUACCCUCCCGACUUGCCAGAUCCUGAGCAGUUCGUGGUUGAGUUCACCGGCUCAGAUGACCCUAUGCAUCCUCAAAACUGGCCGCUGAAGAAACGAAUCAUAAUCUCCGCCACCUUGGCCUAUACGACAUUCGUAUCUUCCUUUGCAAGUGCCAUAUACUCAUCCGCCUCACUUGCAAUCGCAACCAACUUUCACAUCAGUACUGAAGUCGCUAUUCUCGGUGUGACAUUGUACGUCCUGGGCUUUGCCUCGGGUCCGACGCUGUGGGCGCCCAUGAGUGAACUGAUUGGGAGGAAAAUGCCAAUUAUCGUGGGGAUGUUCGGAUACUCGCUAUUUACGGUGGCAGCUGCUACUUCUAAAGACGUUCAAACUCUCAUGUUGACCCGAUUCUUUGCUGGUUUCUUCUCAGCCAGUCCAAUCGCGAUUGUUCCAGCUGUUUUUGCAGACAUCUGGAAUAACCAGACUCGAGGUGUAGCUAUCGCUAUGUUUGCGAUGGCUGUUUUCGUCGGCCCGUUUGCAUCGCCUUUUACUGGAGGUUUCAUCACCAUGUCUUACCUGGGCUGGAGGUGGACAAUGUACAUUGCUUGUAUUAUGGGCUUCCUGGCAGUGGGACUUUGCCUAAUCUUUUUGAAAGAAACAUACGCACCAGCCAUCUUGGUUGAAAAAGCAAAGACCCUCCGUCGCCAAACACACAAUUGGGGAAUCCGAGCUAGACAAGAAGAAGUCGAGCUUGACUGGGAAGAAAUCAUCACCAACAACUUCAGUCGCCCAUUUCGAAUGCUCUUCACGGAGCCUAUUGUGUUUCUAAUUUCUCUGUGGAUGAGUUUUGUCUAUGGCUUAAUGUAUGCUCUACUCAGUGCAUACCCGGUGGUCUUCCAAGGAAUUCACGGGAUGAACUUGGGAGUUGGCAGUCUCCCAUUCAUUGGCCUCAUCAUAGGCGAGAUAUUGGCUGGUGCUUACAUCUUGUAUGAUCAAAGAUCAUAUGCGAAAAAACUUGCCGACAACAACAAUAUACCAAUUCCCGAAUGGAGACUCCCGCCAUCCAUUCUCGGGGGUAUCUGUUUUACGAUCGGGCUGUUUUGGUUUGGUUGGACUGGCUGGACGAAGUCAAUUCACUGGAUGGCACCCACUGCCAGUGGUGUAGUUACUGGGUUUGGAAUUUAUGUGAUCUUCUUGCAAUGCUUCAACUAUUUGAUCGACUCUUACCUGAUGUUCGCCGCUUCCGUAUUUGCCGCAAAUACAAUAAUGCGGUCUGCAGUGGGCGCUGCGUUCCCUCUAUUCUCCAAACAGAUGUUCCAAAACCUCGGAGUACAAUGGGCUGGUACACUACUUGGCUGUUUGGCUCUUAUAAUGGUGCCCAUCCCCCUCGCAUUCAUCAAGUGGGGCCCGGCCCUGAGGAAGAAGUCCAAGUUCGCACCGGCUUUCGGGCCGGUCGAGACUACGCCAUCCGAGAAGGAACCUCGUGCAUCUGUGUAA